GUAGACAGGUACCUUGGCUAAGGUAAUCUAGACUACGUACUUUGAAAGGUGAUUUGAUAGCACAAACACGUGCCUAUACAAGAAAAAAAAAAUAAAAAAAUCACCCCAACCAAACCAAACCAAACUCUGAUAAUACAUCAAAAAUUCCGGACACCCCUCCACGACUCUUACGGGACUGGUAUCAGUUCCGCAGCCAUGUCCUACAGUGGCGGCUAUUACAGGCCGUCUCUAAAAAACAGCGUUGAUGUCCAACUUCAAAACGCAUUCGGAGAUGGAAAUUGGGCGACCGUCGUUCGUUUGGCCGAGAAACGGGCCAAAGCCACCAAUGACCCCUACUUCGAGGUAGUAAAAGCGUGUGCAGCCACACAACUAGAAGGGCCACUUGAAAGACAUGCGGCACUGGUCUCCAUCGAUAGCUUUGUUAGGAAAGGCACGGUUCUCAAGGAUGCAGAGGCCUUGGAGCUCUACGAGUGGGCACUCAGGGACUUGGCUGGCCUCUUCAGCUAUACCCAAACUCUAGGUACUAUGAGGUCGCGAUGGGUGAAAGCAAAUCCUCGCAGCCCAGCAGCACUCCAAUGUCUGAGAGCCUGCAUCCAGAACUGGGACCUGGUGAAUGCCCAGCAGAUUGCAGCAAUUCUGGAUAAAACACCUGGAGUUCAGCGGCAGUUCAUGUAUUGGAACAUUGUUCUAACCUACAUGCUCUCUAACAGCGAGCAAUGCCCCAAGGAGAAACAGAAGAUAUAUGGCAUGCUGGCAAUGAAACUGCUUGAACGAGCUGCAGAGCUAACCGAGUCGAAUCCCCACAAGAGCAAUGAGGACAAUCAGAGCAAGCUGUCGGAUAGGGGUCUUCGGACAGACGAGGAAAUUGUAUUCUAUUACCGACUACUCGCCAGCCAGAGUGCCCCUGCCGAGUUUCUUGCACACAUGAGAAGCCCAGUUCUUGGAGCACUGAAGCAAUUCGAUGAGGGGCGCAAACACCUACUCAUGGAAGCACUCAAGACUUUUGAGAAACAGCAACAAUGGGAGGCGGUCUUUGAGUUUUGUUUGCAUGCUUUGAGCAAGGAAGAGAGUGACGGAUCACCAUCAUUUCUUGCUGCGGAUUUGGUAAUCUGGAAAAGCCUCAUAAGUGCGGCAGCGAAAAUGUCGAACCCAGAAGAAAGCCUCAGCCUAGUACAAAGCCGGCUUGCAGUGUUUGCUUCUACGAUCAAAUCGCAAAAGGUGCCUCCUAUGUACAAGAAAAAUAUCGGACUUGCGCUUCUUGAGCUCACUUUCAAGAGCGAAGGUAGCGGCUGGUUCGAGCCCGGGUCGAGCAACCCAAUGAGUACACGGGUGGCACAGCUCGGACUCUUUCUCCAACAAUACGGGCACGAGAUAUCAGCAUUCGACGAUGUGAAGGGAUUCAUCGAAGUGUUGAGCUUUGAAGAAACUCGUCAUUUGUUGGAUGAGGUACUUAUGAAGAGCAUAUAUACAAAGCAUCAAUCAUCUCACACUUCCACUCUUUACGUCAAGCUGCGAUAUCACCUGAUCAGCUCUCCACACUCAAUAUCUCAGGAUUAUGAGGGAGCCAGGGAACCGGCGGAACGCUUCAAAAAGCCUGUGUCUCGUUGCAAAUACUGCUCGGGCGUACUGAAGGGCAAAGAAUGUCAAGACUGCGUCCGUCAAGUUGCGAAAGUAGCAAUGGAGUUGCACACGGUAAACAGCCAGAAGAAGCCCGAUGAAACCUCAGAUAUGGAUCGAGAUCCUACCAUCGAUCUCGCUCUCGUGGCUGCCAUGUGCCUUCUCAAGCUCUCUGGGCUAUCGUCUUCUACCCUUGGCCUUCCAGUGCAACAUCAAGUUGACCUCAGCCUGUUCCUCCAAGCAGUGGCCAUUCUCGACAAUCAACUGCAAAGGACGCCGGACCAGCCGCCGCUUCGAUUACUUCUCUCGCGACUUUACAUCAUUCUUGGCUGCGCAUCCUAUUCUCACGAGCUGUGGCUGCCACUAGGGGUAAAAAGAACCAUCCAUGACUCCCUCAGUCCACUCUUUUUUGAUCGCAUUUCGACAAUAUCACCCGGACUCUUUGUAGGUUCAAGACCACCAAUGGAGCCACUGAGGUCAUUCUAUUCAUAUACCUUGCGAGAUCCAUCACCAGUCAAGAUAUGGGAUGCUUUCGAUUCUGGAAGCUACAGCUCGGUAUUGGAGAUCACAGAUUACUGUGAGAGGCUUCGUCACAGCUGCACCCUCAUCAUGACAGUCGUUGAGGAACGUCGCGUAGCUCGAGCGCUAGGAGGACGGCUGGACAACUUGGAGGAUAUUUCCUUUCUAGGUGAAAUAUACGACCAUACAACACUGUUCACGACUCUUGAUGUAGGAUCCGUCAUGAAUCUCGAAGCCUCUCAUUCACCAGCCCCACUAGAACAGCUCGGUGUAGGGCCACCACCCUCGAAUACGCGUUCACAUCUUGAACUGCUUGCAGAACAGUUCCUUCAACUGUGCGAUUUCGCACCGUCCAAGGACUACAAGCCAGCAAAACCGGCUGUCGUGGCCGAUCAAGACCUGCAGUAUAUCUUGGAGACGCUGACUUCGCUCCACGAAUCAUUCACCAACUUUUUGCACCUCGCCGACACGCCCUCUCACUUGACGCGCGCAGAGGAGGCCUAUUACACCAUCCUCACGUUGUUGUCUGGCUUGAUGACCAUCGCGAUAACUACAAGCCGCUCUGAAGAUGUCACCUUGACUGCACCAGAACUGACGUCGGCCAUCCUGGCCACCGUUUCAACAAUGAAGCAGCUGGCCUUCAGCACACCACUUGCCAAGGGCCGAAAGUCCACCUUGCUCCAAAUCAGCAGCCCGCAUGCGGCAGCCUUGUUGCGGGAGGCUGCCGUCAGCCUCAAGAGCGGCGCAUCAUUCGUGCUAUCGCUCCAUGAGCAGGCGCUGGCGCGGGACCGAUCGGGUAAAAGCAAUCUGCACAAGGACCUCGUGGCACAGAUGAAAGAGAUAGUCAAGGUUGGGACAGAGCUUCUGAACCAGACUAGAGAUCACUUCAAGCUGCUCAAGUCUGAAUUAGGGGAGCCGGGGUGGCUGGAUGAUGUCGUCAGCUGGACGGUAGGAGAAGAGACAGACGAUCUGGCUGCAGCGGUUCUAGUUACUGUAGGCGGCCGCGCCAACGUAGAGAACUGGGCCGGUAAGGUGCUCGACAGUUGGAGGGAGGGUGUCAAAGGAUGGACCAUGGUAAAGACGGACUAAACGCGAGAGGAAAGUCCCCGCAAAUGGGGUUGAAGAGUGAAGUUCCCUAGG